AUGUUAAUUACUUGAGUGCAGAUCUUUCAAGCAAAUAAGUGUUCGGCAUGUGACACAUCACUUCAGUUACCAGCUAUUCAUUUUCUUUGCAAACAUUCUUAUCACGCUCACUGUUUGGAAUCGUACAACGAAAAAGCUGAUUAUUGCCCAGCAUGUAUUCGAAAAAAUCCUGGAAACAAACUUAAUGACUCUUUAAACGACGCCAAAAAUUUCAGUAGUAGAGGGGCGUACAAAAAGUUUCAAGAAGAGAUCAAUAGUUCAGUGGACUGUAUGCAAACCAUUGCUUCCUAUAUUGUAAAUGGUUUAUACGAGGUAGAGAAAAAAGAAGGAAAUGGGAAAGGAUCCUCGGGCUUCGACAACCAAAAUAAACCUGAUUUAUCUCCAUCUUUCAACCAGUUACCAAACAUUGUUAAUAGUUCCUUGACACCCACAAAUAUCCCACCAAUUGGAUCUAAUUUAAAUCCAUUUAGUGAUGAUGAAAACCCUUCUUCAACAAAUCCGUUCGGCGAUUUUUGA